AUGGCCGAGUACUGGCUGAUAUCGGCGCCGGGGGAGAAGACCUGCCAGCAGACGUGGGACACACUGAACGGAAUGCUGGCCAAGCACGGCGCCGACCAGUUCUGCAAGGCCAACCGCUUCAACAUUCCCGACCUGAAGGUGGGCACCCUCGACCAGCUGGUCGGCCUGAGCGACGACCUGAACAAGCUGGACACGUACGUGGAGUCGGUGAGUCGGAAGCUGGCCACCAGCAUCGGCGACAUCCUGGAGAAGGGCCAGCCGCUGGGGGAGCAGCUGCAGGCGAACGGACAGGAGCUCUCCGCCUACCUCACCAAGUUCCAGUGGGACAGCGCCAAGUUCCCGGUGAAGCAGUCCCUCAAGUCGCUGCAGGAGAUCAUCAACAAGCAGAUCGGACAGAUCGACCAGGACCUGAAGACGAAGACGGCCACCUUCAACAACCUGAAGGGCAGUCUGCAGUCGCUGGAGCGCCGGGCCACCGGCAGCCUCCUGGUGCGCAACCUCACCGAGCUGGUGAAGAAGGACCACUUUGUGCUGGGCAGCGAGUACCUCACCACGCUGCUGGUGGUCGUCCCCAAGGCGCUCUACAAGGACUGGUCGCUCAAGUACGAGAAGCUGACCGACAUGAUCGUCCCCCGGUCGAGCGCCCUCCUCUUCGAGGACCAGGAGCACGGCCUCUGGAACGUGACGGUCUUCAACAAGGUCGUGGACGAGUUUAAGCUGAAGGCGCGCGAGAACAAGUUCGUCGUGCGGGACUUCACCUACAGCGAGGAGGACAUUGCCGCGGGGAAGAACGAGCUGGCCCGCCUGGAGAGCGACCUGAAGAAGCAGUACCACCUGCUGAUGCGCUGGCUGAAGGUCCACUUCAGCGAGUCGGUCAUCGCCUGGGUGCACGUCAAGGUGCUCCGCCUCUUCGUCGAGUCCGUCCUCCGGUACGGCCUGCCGGUCAACUUUGUCGCGGCCGUUCUCCUCCCGCCGAAGAAGAACCAGCGCCGGCUGCGAGAGCUGCUCAAUCAGCUGUACGCCCACCUGGACACCUCCAUCAGCCAGGGGCCGAUUGAGGACAUUCCCGGCUUCAACAUUGGCGCCCAGGAGUACUACCCCUACGUCUCCUUCAAGAUCAACAUUGACUUUGUCAGCGUGAAGACCCAGUGA